CCCUUGGCCCCUCGGCAUUUAUAUUGUCUUUUCUUCAUACGUUCUCCCAUACUCAGCAAACUCCACAGCUCUAUGCUCGCGCAUUCAUGUCUCAGUGACCAGGACGCAAUGUCUGACCUUCUUCCAAAAGACGAUGGAUCAAAUGCAGUUGUUCACUGUGAAAUAGAAUCGUGUUCCCAGCGAGAACUGGUUCCAUUCAUCUGUGAGGCCUGCGGCAAAAUGUUCUGUGUUAAGCACAAACAAAAAGAAGUCCAUGGUUGCUCGAAGUUGUUGACCGCCACCGAUCAAGCCAGAGCUGAUAGACAGGCUGGACUAGAGGCGUCUUCCAAGCUAGAUCGUGCUCCCUUGGAAGCUGUCUCCCGUCCAUUGUACAAAACUGCGGAGCCACCAUCUAGUGCCAAGCUGAAAAAUGAUCGAGCCCGGGUGACAGCUGCCAAAUUGACGUUCAUGAAGGCCAAAAUGUCAGCAAAACCGGCCGGUCGGGGCGCAUCAUCUCUGCCAAGUGAUAACCGUUUUAUUCUUCGGCUUGCUCCUGCCACUGGUCUAAGCUGUUCCACUGUAGAUUCUCCGAUUUCUCUGUAUUUCGGAAAAAAAUGGCCACUUGGAAAACUGCUGGACUAUGGACAAGAAUACUUUGGUAUAAAAAGUUCCCCUGGUCAGUCACUUGGACUGAUGAUCAUCGAAGAUGAGAUUAUGCCGAAUUUGCCAGCAGAGAUGCGAUUCCUGGAGCUUAGUCGCACUUUGAACGAGUACGCCUGCGAAGGACGUGUUACCGAAGGGUGUCUUCUACACAUUGUCAUCAGAUAACAUCCGGACGAUCGGAACUCGCUGCUGUGUAUGCAAUGUACACAUAUGUACUAUAUCUUGUGACUCUACCUUGUUUGUCUUUCAUUCUUCAUACCGUCCGAGAGUACCUUAUUUUUAUUUGUUUUCAUGGUUUGUUUCUG